UUACGCCCGUCCACCUUCCACACCUCGAACCCCCCUUUGCCUGCCAUGUCUACCGUCGGCAAGCUCAGCCGAGAGGAGUGGCGCAAGGCCAAGGACCUCGAUGCUGCCAGGAAGGCGGGUACGGCCCCAGCCGAGAUCGGCGAGGAUGGAGAAGUCAUCAACCCCCACGUUCCGGACUACAUGUCCAAGGCCCCCUGGUAUCUCGACACGGGCAAGCGAUCUCUGAAGCAUCAGAAGAAGCCAGAGACCAACGAACAGUUCGUUGGUCUCAACGACUGGUAUGCUCGCGGUCAGAAGGAAGGACCAGCAGCUACAAAGUAUCGCAAGGGCGCUUGCGAGAAUUGCGGUGCUGCUAGCCACAAGACAAAGGACUGCUUGGAAAGGCCCAGGAAGAAGGGAGCCAAGUGGACAGGCAAAGACAUUGCUGCAGAUGAGCACAUCACAGACUUCGGAGGCAAGAAGGUCGAUUUCGCUGCCAAGCGCGAUCGCUGGAACGGGUAUGAUCCGGCUGAGCACAAGCGGAUCAUGGAGGAGUACGAGGCGGUAGAGGAGGAGAGGCGCAGGCUCAGGGAGGAAGAGAUCGACAAGCAGACUAGUACCGAUCUCAAUACCGCUAAGAAGCUCGCCAAGAAGGAGAAGAAGGAGAAGAAGGAAAGUAAAGACGAUGGCGACUUCAGCUCUUCGGAUGAGGAGGACGAGGAUGAUGACAAGUACGCCGAGGCGGCCAAUAUGGCUGGUCAGAAGGUGGACACCACCAACCGCAUGUCGAUCAGGAACCUGCGUAUCAGAGAAGACCGCGCCAAGUACCUUUACAACCUCAAUCCCGAGUCGGCCUACUACGACCCCAAGACAAGAUCGAUGCGAGAGGCGCCCGAUGCUGGUGUACGGCCUGAGGACUCUCAGUACGCCGGAGACAACUACAAUCGCGCCAAGGGAGACACUCUCGCCAUGCAACGUCUACAACUCUUUGCUUGGCAAGCCGAAGCACGAGGAAACGACAUCCAUCUGCAAGCCAACCCGACUGUCAACGAGAAGCAGUUCCGCGAAUUCCAGGAGAAGAAGGAGAAGCUCCGCGAAUCGACAAAGGGCAGUAUCCUUGAGAAGUACGGAGGAGCAGAACAUUUCGACUCGGUACCCAAGGAGCUCCUCACUGGUCAGACGGAGAACUACGUCGAGUACAGUCGAGCUGGGCAGGUUAUUCGUGGGCAAGAGAGGGCAAAGGUCAAGAGUCGCUUCGAGGAGGACGUGUACGACAACAAUCACACGACAGUUUGGGGAUCGUGGUAUGAUCUGUCCUCUGGUCAGUGGGGGUACAAUUGCUGUCACAGCACGAUUCCCAACUCGUACUGUACCGGUCAAGCGGGCAUCGAAGCCAGCAAGGCGAGCGCUAAUCUUGGAGCGCCCAAGGUGGCCGAAGCAGCAGCAACAGCAGCGGCAUCGACAGGGGCAGAGGCUAGUGGAAGUGGAAGUGGCAGUGGCAGCUCCACUCGUCAGCAAGAGACGAAGGAGAAGGCCAAGGCGGGAUCAAAGCGUCGAGCAUCCUCGCGCUCUCGGUCGCGCUCCUUCUCUAGCUCCUCGUCCUAUUCAUCCUACUCCGAGUCGGACUUCUCAUCCACGGACUCGGAUUCGGAAGACGAGGAGAGAUCUGCUCGUCGGAGACGACGCUCCUCAAGGAGCAAAGACAGGGAAGAAGACGGGCACUCGCGCAAACGAUCCUCACACCAGCGACGUAGACGUCGCUCCUCCUAUUCGCGCUCAGCAUCACCAGAGGAGCGGGAGCGGGAGCGGGAGCGCAAUCGAGAAAAGAAGUCAGUCAAGGGCUUCACUUCUCGCAAGCACCUCGGAGAAGGCGACGUCUCCUCCCGUCUGGACAAGGAGAAGUUGGCGAAGGCGCUUCGGGAGGAAGAUGCUCGACACGCCUCCGGUUCUGCUUCUGGCACUGGUGGUAAAGACAAGGUAAAGCAAAAACCCGACUGGCUCCUCGAGGCAGAGAGUAUCAAUGCGGGUAAAGUCCGUCGCAAUAAGCGCGGAGAGAUUAUCUCUACUUCUCACCUGCCCGAAGGGUCUGCCGCUGAAGGAGGAGGAGGAGGUGCAGCAGCAGCAGCAGGCACCACCUCUGGUGCGGAUGCGACGGCAGCAGCAGCUUCGAGUGAGGUGAGCGAGGAGCAGAUGGAGGCGUACCGCUUGAAGAACCGGAAUGACUAUGAAGACCCUAUGGCCGGGUACCGGGAUACAGAAGAGUAAGACGCUUUGUCACACGGCACUACUUACACUAGGAGCUGAGCUCAGUCUCUGCACUUUUCUGGUCACACUCUUAUGCACCAUUUUCCCAAUGACAUGUCACUUCUCAAAAGUAAUGUUUUGAUUAAGUUCUUCGUUUCAUUUCUCCUGUCAUUGGUUCCUUCGGUCCGAUUCAUUGAGUGAUGUAAUGUGAUGUGAGUGAUGGGGACAGUGAACAGUUGACAGUGGACAGUGUGACAUGAUGGGCGAGAAAAGGGACAAAGAAGAAGAAAAAGGAUAUGAAAGGCCGGGAAAAAACAAGACAAAAGACAACAGAAAAUGAAGCGUCAUUGGAUUUGACUUUGGGUUUGGGUCUGAGAUUUGGUAGGGUCGAGGGGGUAAAUUAGCGAAGUGGAAGGACAUGUCAUGUCAUGUGGUGUGGCGUGAUGAGACGAGACUUGUACACAAUGGG